CUCCGACAAGUCGUCCUUAGGCUCUACAGUCGACAUGAAGUCCCGCGUGACAGCCUUCUGCCUAGUAGCGGCGCUUGUCGGCGGCGUCAUGGCUCAAGAUCCUACUGUUCCUGCGGUUCCGACUGGGACACCAAUUCCAGGGGACUACAACGGCCCAUACAGGCCACAGGUCCAUUUCACGCCCCCUCAGCACUUCAUGAACGACCCGAAUGGUAUGUUCUUGGACGCCAACGGGACCUACCACUUGUACUAUCAGUACAAUCCUACGGCAGUCGUUGCAGGAAAUCAACAUUGGGGCCAUGCGACGAGCAGAGACCUCUACCACUGGAUCAACCAGCCUAUCGCACUCUUUCCGCCGACUAGCGACUCCGGAGUCUUCAGCGGGUCCGCCGUCGUUGAUGUCAACAACACUUCUGGCUUCUUCCCCGACCAGGACAACGGCGUCGUCGCGAUCUAUACCCUGAACACACCUACGGCGCAGGUUCAAGAGAUCUCCUACUCCCUCGACGGGGGGUACACCUUCACCGCUUUUGCUGGAAACCCGGUCAUCGACAUCGGGUCAACGCAGUUCCGCGACCCUAAGGUGAUCUGGUACGAGGACCACUGGGUCAUGGUCGUUGCGCUCUCCCAGGAUUUCGCUGUUGCCAUCUAUACCUCUCCGGACCUCAAAACCUGGUCUCACGCAUCCGACUUCAGCCAUCGCGGCCUCCUCGGCCUCCAAUACGAAUGCCCCAAUCUGGUCAAGUUGCCUAUGGAGGGCAGCGAGGACGACAUCUACGUGCUGACUAUCAGCAUCAACCCUGGCGCUCCCCUGGGUGGGUCCAUCACCGAGUACUUCCCGGGCUCGUUCAACGGCACGCACUUCACCGCGGUCGACGAGGCCGCACGCAUCGCCGACUUCGCAAAGGACAACUACGCGGGACAGUUCUUCUACGGAACCCCGGACGGCGAAGACGCGGUGUCCAUCGCGUGGGCGUCCAACUGGCAGUACACCCAGGUCGUGCCGACCGCGCAGGAAGGCUGGCGCAGCGCGAUGUCGCUCCCGCGACGCAACCGCCUCGCGAACAUCACACGCAUCGGCUGGGACCUCAUCUCACUCCCGUACGACCUGCGCCCCGUACUCGGACAGCAACUCGCCUCGCGCACCGAUGUUGUGAACAGCACGCUCGAGGUGGACUACAGCGGGGUCGCGAGCAACGCCGUCUACUUCGAGGCGAACGUGACGGGACUAGCGGGCGUGGGCAGCGCGUCGACGCUCAACUUCAUCAUCCGGAACCCCGAAACGGGGGAGUCGGUGCGCGGCGGGUACUUCUUUGGCGACCAGUUCUUCGUCGACCGCGGUGGCGUGCGCGGCUUCGACAACCCAUUCUUCACCGACAAGUUCUCGACGUCUUCCCUCCUGCGCCCAGAUGGCACAUGGACGUUGUCGGGCGUAGUCGAUCGGAGCAUCCUCGAGGUAUUUGUGGAUCGCGGCACGACGAGCGCGACGGCAUUGUUUUUCCCGACGCAGCCGCUCACGGUGUUGACGCUGUCCACCGCACAGCUCCCUGACAGCGUGUCCGUCAGUGUGGCUGUAUACGCAUUGGAGAGCGGGUGGAAGGGGAGCGAGAACGGGGAGGGUGUUGUGGUGGGCAAUGUCACGACGACUGCCAUGUGAGAGAUGGUACAAAAUUGUCGUCGCUAUAUUUGCGCCAUGUACACGUAGUACUUCGCUACAGUGUCACAAAAAUUCAUGAGUGCUCUUCUGGGUGCUGUAAGUAAUGAGUAGAUGACAUC